AAACAGAAAAGCCAUCUAGGCACCUUUUCCAGGCCCGCAGACACGCCUGCCUUUUCUCCCUUACCGCCUGCAUUCACAACCGAACCUGACCCGCCCGCUUCACCCGAACUUCCAUACUGUUGUGUUUUCCCUCCAGCCCCAGCCGAUUGGAUGGAUUCCGGAGGCGGGUCCGCCUCUUUCCUACUUGCUGGUUGGCGAGGUUGACCUCCAAGGGCGGUGCCGCGCCGGGGCCAGUUUGCUCCUGGGAUUGGCUGGAGCUGUGGUUCCGCCGAGGCGUGGUAGGAAGUGGUAGCCGUCAAUCACGAGGGAGACUCCAAACAGUGAGCCUGGAGCUGUGGAACAGCGUUUACCGGCGGAGCGGCCGGUCGUGUGAGCGGCGUGAUGGCGACGGACUCUCCUCGAAGGCCCAGCCGUUGCACUGCUGGAGUUGUGGUUCGCCCUCAGGCCGUCACGGAGCAGUCCUACAUGGAAAGCGUCGUGACUUUUCUGCAGGAUGUUGUGCCGCAGGCGUACAGCGGGACUCCCCUAACAGAAGAAAAGGAGAAAAUAGUCUGGGUCAGAUUCGAGAACGCAGAUCUGAACGAUACAUCACGGAAUUUAGAAUUUCAUGAACUGCAUAGCACUGGAAAUGAGCCCCCUCUGCUGGUUAUGAUCGGCUACAGUGACGGCAUGCAAGUCUGGGGCAUCCCUAUCAGCGGAGAAGCCCAGGAGCUCUUCUCUGUUCGACACGGCCCGGUCCGAGCAGCUAGAAUCUUGCCUGCUCCACAGUUGGGUGCUCAAAAAUGUGAUAACUUUGCUGAGAAAAGACCUCUUCUUGGUGUUUGUAAGAGCAUUGGAUCUUCGGGUACAACACCACCGUACUGCUGUGUGGACCUGUAUUCACUUCGUACUGGAGAAAUGGUGAAGUCCAUUCAGUUCAAAACACCCAUUUACGAUCUUCAUUGCAAUAAGCGGAUCCUCGUCGUAGUCCUGCAGGAGAAAAUCGCUGCCUUUGAUAGCUGUACUUUCACAAAAAAAUUUUUUGUCACAAGCUGUUAUCCUUGUCCUGGGCCAAACAUGAAUCCCAUUGCUCUUGGGAGCCGCUGGCUUGCUUAUGCAGAAAACAAGUUGAUUCGAUGCCAUCAGUCGCGCGGCGGAGCCUGUGGAGACAACAUUCAGUCUUACACUGCCACAGUCAUUAGUGCCGCUAAAACACUGAAGAGUGGCCUGACGAUGGUUGGGAAGGUGGUGACGCAGCUGACAGGCACACUGCCCUCGGGGGUGACAGAAGAUGACGUUGCCGUCCACAGCAACUCCAGGCGGAGCCCCCUGGUGCCGGGCAUCAUCACAGUCAUAGACACCGAGACAGUUGGCGAGGGCCAGGUGCUUGUGAGUGAGGAUUCAGACAGCGAUGGCAUUGUGGCCCACUUCCCUGCCCACGAGAAGCCAGUGUGCUGUAUGGCUUUUAAUACUAGUGGAAUGCUUUUAGUCACAACAGACACUCUUGGCCAUGACUUUCAUGUCUUCCAAAUUCUGACUCAUCCUUGGUCGUCAUCUCAGAGUGCUGUCCAUCAUCUGUAUACUCUUCACAGGGGAGAAACCGAAGCCAAAGUUCAGGACAUCUGUUUCAGCCACGAUUGUCGCUGGGUGGUGGUCAGUACCCUCCGGGGUACUUCCCACGUCUUCCCCAUCAACCCUUACGGUGGCCAGCCUUGUGUCCGCACACACAUGUCACCACGAGUAGUGAAUCGCAUGAGCCGUUUCCAGAAAAGUGCUGGGCUGGAAGAGAUUGAGCAAGAACUGACAUCUAAGCAAGGCGGCCGCUGUAGUCCCGUUCCAGGCUUAUCCAGCAGCCCUUCCGGCUCCCCGCUGCAUGGGAAGCUGAACAGCCAAGACUCUUACAAUAACUUCACCAACAACAAUCCUGGCAACCCCCGACUUUCUCCCUUCCCGAACCUGAUGGUAGUGACCCCUCUAGCACAAAUCAAGCAGCCAAUGACGUUGGGGACCAUCACCAAACGCACUGGGCCGUAUCUCUUUGGAGCGGGGUGUUUUUCCAUAAAAGCUCCAUGCAAAGUUAAACCACCUCCACAAAUUUCUCCGAGCAAAUCGAUGGGUGGCGAGUUUUGCGUCGCUGCAGUGUUCGGGACCUCCAGGUCGUGGUUUGCCAACAACGCAGGUCUGAAACGGGAGAAAGAUCAGUCCAAACAAGUUGUAGUUGAAUCUCUGUACAUCAUCAGUUGCUACGGAACCUUAGUAGAGCACACGAUUGAGCCCCGACCGCUCAGUACUGCUCCCAAGAUCAGUGACGACACACCACUGGAGAUGAUGACGUCACCCCGUGCCAGCUGGACACUCGUUAGGACGCCUCAGUGGAACGAGCUGCAGCCACCGUUUAACGCGAACCACCCUCUGCUCCUCGCGGCAGAAGCUGUGCACUACUACCAGCUCCUGCUUGCUGGCUCGCUUCCCCCUGGAAGUCCCGGCCCCAUUACUCGACAUGGGUCCUAUGACAGCUUGGCCUCUGACCAUAGUGGACAGGAAGAUGAAGAAUGGCUUUCCCAGGUUGAAAUUGUAACACACACUGGACCCCACAGACGCCUGUGGAUGGGUCCCCAGUUCCAGUUUAAAACCAUCCACCCCUCAGGGCAGACCACGGUCAUAUCAUCUAGUUCCUCCGUGUUGCAGUCUCACGGGCCAAGCGACACACCACAGCCGCUCCUGGAUUUCGAUACAGAUGAUCUAGAUCUCAACAGUCUCAGGAUCCAGCCAGUCCGGUCUGACCCAGUCAGCAUGCCAGGGUCAUCCCGUCCAGUCUCUGAUCGCAGGGGAGUUUCCACAGUGAUUGAUGCUGCCUCCGGUACCUUCGACCGGAGCGUGACCCUGCUAGAGGUGUGUGGGAGCUGGCCUGAGGGCUUUGGGCUGCGACACAUGUCCUCCAUGGAGCACACAGAGGAGGGCCUCCGGGAACGGCUCGCAGAUGCCAUGGCCGAAUCACCAAGCCGCGAUGCUGUAGGAUCUGGAACAGACACAGCCCCUGACGUAGCAGUCAAAAACAGCACCCCCGGGAGACACAUGGCUAUGAAGUGUUUGGGCUCUGAAGCAGACAUUGCUGUCCUUAUGCUCAGGAACCCAGGGUACCUGCCCAAAGUCGCCAGGAAGCAGGUGACCAGAACCUCUGCUCUUAACAGCCUCCCUGGACUGCUUCCUCCAUCCCAGGUAGAAGGGCGGCCCACCUGCCUUUCUUCUCAGGCUGAAGUUCUGAGUCCGCCUGUUUAGGGAAGGCUUACCCCUCUUCACCACAGGAAGUGGCUAUAGUCUCAGCAGGGGCAGACUCCUCCCACCAGCUCUAAUCCCACUCCUACUGGGCAGCCUGGGUGGUUAGUUUAGGACCUAGGGUACGUGGCUACAGCCAGGACCUAAUAAAAGUGCUCUGCUAAUCCCUUUAAUGAGCAGCAUCUUGGCACUCAUGCGCGCACAGAGCACAGACGCUGACUCCCAGGGCAGGCAGUAGCUGGGGCCGCCGAUCCUUUUGUGGUGGCGGAAGUCUCAGGACUGCCCCAAGGCUGAGCCUGGGCCCCGGGGUACCCUCUUCCAAACACACACAGCACUGACUUUGCAGCUCCAAGGGGGUUCUUCUGGGUCCUGGAGACUUGGGCUCCCUACAACACUGCGCCAGCCAGGAGCCCUCUGAGGCUCAGACCCAGAGAAUGCCCAGCCCAAAGCAGAAUUUACUUUGGGCCUUCUGCCCGAGUCCUCCUCCCACUAAGGCUGCCACAGCUGUGCCAAGUCUUACUAAGGCCUAGUGUCCUCUGUGUCCUCCUCCCUCUCCAGAGAAUGGAGAGCCAGACCUCACGUUGCUCAGUACAAGUAGCUGAUGCGCGAAAAGUCAUGCCAUCACCCCUAAAACUCGUCGGCUCCCACACAGAGCCGUGGCUUGGCCAAGGGGCCAUACCCACUGUGUAGGAUGAGGAACAGGGGCAGCUGUGCCUGUCUCCUCACGGAGAUUGAGUACGGCCCCUCUUUGUGUGUACCCCUGCAGGUGCUCCCAGGUAACCGGAGUCCUUCUAAGAUGCUAGCCACCUCUCUUUGCCCUGAGAUGCCUUAGGAGUUUGACAAGCACCACGUGGAAUGGGGGGUAGGGGAGGGUAACAUGCAGACAAGGCCUCCUCCUCCUUAGGCGUAUUUAUUUCGUGAGAACAGAGGCCUCUCCCUUCUCCUUGUUGCCUCUGCUGUCCUCUCCUGUCCCCUGCGGCCUGCCCAUCCCAGCCUGUGCCAUCAGGAAUCAGCUACAAUAACAAGCUUGUUUUCUGGCAAGACCAGUAGAGAAUGGGGAAUGUAGGCAGUAGUGGGCAUUGGAGUCUGGCAUCCUGUGGCCUGCCCAGUGCCGGUUCUCCCUCUAGGGUAAGCCCAGGGCCCAUGGCUUCCCGUUUGUCCUUGGUGUUGCUGUAUGCAAGGCAAGGCUAUCACUCCUACCUUCCAGAGUCACCAAAGUCCCUGGAGACUAUGAGGGCACAAUCUGAGUCCAAGCACGGUCAGGGUGGGGGUGGCAACCUUCCCAUGGGCCAGACUCCAUGCUGCUGGGGGAGCCUCUCUAGUUGCCUGGCCCUGGCUGGUUUCUGCUGGGCUUCACUGGGAGUCUGUGUAUACUGCAGGAAAGCUGCUGAGAGCUGGGGAGGAUGGGGUGGGAGUAGGGGCUGAGCCAAAACCGGGCCACUAAGUCAAAAUGUCCAGGGUUCCCCCAGAAAACUCUUCAGCCUGCCUCCUUCCUUUUCCUCUCCCAGCAACCCACCUGCAUGGGGCCCCAUCUGGCACUGCAUGGGCCAUAGGUCCCUGUGUGUCCCCCUUCUAGAAGCUAUUAUGUUAUGCUUACUGUGUGACUCCUCUUCCCUCACCCGGUACUGAAAGAUUCACAACACCUCUACCUCUGGGCCCGUCCCCCCAUGACUGGUCAGUCUCCCGCCGCUUCACGUGCAUGUCAGUGUCCUGGACAGCAGAACCCCUCUGCGAGACCGCCCUCCUCCCACGUGCCACCCCCGCACCUCCCUCUACCCUCUCCUUCUGCUUGUGGAGAUCAGUGUUCUUCUGGAUCAUUGUCCAUAUCUCUCAAAG